CAACACAGCAGCACCGAGGUCUGAGAGAGAGAUAGACGAUCAUGGCAGCUCAGACCGAGAAGAUGGCCGUCCCCACCGACGCUGAGCUGCUCAAGGCGCAGGCCGACCUAUGGCGCCACACCCUGUGCUACCUCACGCCCAUGGCGCUCCGGUGCGCGGUCGAGCUAGGCAUCCCCACGGCCAUCCACGGCCUCGGCGGCACCGCGUCGCCCACCGACCUGAUCGCCGCGCUGUCCCUGCCCCCGUCCAAGCUGUCGUUCCUCGGCCGCCUUCUGUAUCAGCUGGCCACGGCGGGCGUCUUCGACACCACGGACGCGGGGACGACGUACCGCCUCAACCCGAUAUCGUACCUCCUGGUGGACGGCGUCCACAUCGAUGGCGACGCCUGCCAGACGGCCAUCGUGCGUGUGGCCUCCUCGCGGUACUACGUGGAGGCGGCAUUCGGGCUGGCGGACUGGUUCAGGAAGGACUUUGACGGGCCGGUGCCUUCACCGUUCGAGGACUUGCACGGCGCGACCAUCUUCGACGACAGCAUGGCGCUCCUCGACCCGGAGAUGGAUAAACUGGUCCACGAGGCCAAGGCUUCCCAUAACCAUAUGGGGAUCGGUCUUGUGCUCCGGCAGUGCCAUGACCUGUUCCAGGGACUUGAAUCUCUGACUGACUUGUGUGGUGGUGACGGCACGACGGCGAGGGCCAUCGUCAGGGCCUAUCCGCAGAUCAAGUGCACUGUGCUGGACCUGCCAAAGGUCAUCGACAAAGCUCCGACUGAAGGUGUGGUUAAGUAUGUUGCUGGUGACAUCUUCCACGUCGUCCCACCUGCUCAAGCUGUGUUGCUCAAGUCUGUCCUGCACUUGUGGAGCGACGAGGAUUGCAUCAAGAUCUUGGCACAAUGCAAGAAGGCCAUUCCUCCCCGAGGCGCAGGAGGAAAAGUCAUUGUGAUAGAUAUUGUCCUUAGCUCGGCUUCGGGGCUGAUGCUGGAAACCCAUCACCUGGUGGAUAUGUUGAAGCUGGUGAUGACGAGAGGCCGGCAGCGGGAUGAAAAGGACUGGAGCGACAUCUUCAUGAAAGCAGGUUUUAGCGAAUAUAAGAUUUCCAAGAAAGUUGGAGCUCGAGCUGUCAUUGAGGUCUACCCGUAAGGUUGUGCUCCCAAAUGCUCUAAUAUAUGUUGUGGAUUGUUGUGUGCUCCAAGGAUAUAUAAAUAAUUGAGUGCCUUAUAAUUUUCCGAAGGGAGGUCUCGCGGGUCAUAAAAUAGCAAGACUAUUAUGUUUUGUUACCUUAUGAUACUCGUGCAACUUUCUUUUGGAAAAGUAUUAUAUAUGCACUCAUAGUGCUUUUCAUACGAUACAAUGUACAAUUGCCUACCAUAAGAUUAUGUUGGAAAUAUGCCCUAGAGGCAAUAAUAUUGUAUUAUUUAUUUUUA